GUAGAAGAAGAAACACUUCCUGUUACAAAAAAAUGUCCUGCAACGCCAGUGUUAUUCGGGUCCAUGUGCCACCAGAGGGACAGCUACAGCGGGCUCCUGUCCACCUUCUUCCCUGUGAGAUUGAACACAGUGGAUCGGCCCAGGUCUCACAAUACUUCACUGCGACCACAAAAGACCACAAAUUUGAGAAAACAGUGUCAUUCAGAGGACGUGAGCUGAAAGGACAGGAGAUCAGCUGUCCUCAGGGAUACACUGGCCUGGUGCUGAAAGAGACCAACAAGCCCGGCUCUGACCAAGAGGACCGAACAGUGAAGGUAUCCUCUGUGUUCGAUAAGCUGACGUACUGGAACCUGGAGACUCCUCCCAAUUCUGAUGACAUGAUUGUGAUGGCAAUGGAUUGGCCAGAGCUUGCUGACGCAAUCCAUGGGCCAGUAGAAGACUGAAGAGACAAAACCACCACGUUAGCAGUGAGGUGUACAGUGUAGUAACAUGUGUAAUGUUCAUAUAUUUUUAUAGUUUAUUUUGUAGUGAAUUAAAAAGUGUCAAAUGAC